AGGUGGAGGAAAUUAUGAACAGUUUACAAUGAAUGGCAGUACUAGCACAUAAUAUUCAAGCUUCCACAGAGGUAAAAAAGAAAUUCCAGUAAAAAUUCUCUUAAAAUACAGUGCAUGUGACACGAAAAAAUAUGUUUAUUUCAUGAUGUAACUGAUGUGUAAAAUGGUUAAAAGUAAUUUUCACCAAAGUUCGUUUUUUUCUAAAUUGCAUUUUUCAAAAAAUAGUCAUUAGCGUCUUCAUAUUUGUGAGUGUUGUUAUAGGGAGUACUAUUAUUUAUUUUCAUUGAAUUCAUCUACAUCACCUUUGACUUCGUCGUGAUGUCACUUCCUCCUGUGUUCGCGCUCUCUGUCUUCGGUUGUUACCGAGACUGCAGAGAGGCAAGUACGAUGUGAAGUUGCUCUUUUGUUGGUGUGUUCUGCUAUGUACAAAAAACGCUAAAUAAGAAAGUUAAGUUGCUUUUCAAUGUAGCAUAGCUUGUUCAGAGAGUAUUUGAGUUUCAUAGAACUUGGGUACAGCGAGUGUAAUGCUCUUUUUAAGACAUUUAAGCCGACGAAGCUGGAGUUAAUUCUCACGGUCCCGCCACAUUGUUUUUCCUUUGAAGGUGCGCAUGAGGGCUUCAGCCAGAGAGGUCGCUGUAUUCAUUUUUAUUUUUUCUAUCAAAUGGCUGUGUGAGUCAAUAAACUCCUUCUGGCUGGCAACAAAGCGACCUCCUCCUCGUCAUCAUUUGUCAACACAACACAACGCAGAAGUUUUAUCUAGCCAGGGGUCAGAAAGACACCGGCUACAAUGGUGCCGUGACCCGGAUGCACACCGCUUCAGCGUAAUUCAUCUUCUGGAGCUGUGGAUCAAUGCCAAUUUGCCAAGUGGUAGUCUUCUCCCAGAGUGCGAGCAGUUCCUCGAUCUUAUGGCAAAUUCAUCCCGGUGGAGAGGUGAUGAACUUCCAGGCAGUACAGUAAUAGUUGAGGCCACUUCAUCCAAGUCCAUGCCUCGCAACAUCAUGGUUGGCAGAAUUAUAACACCAUUAUGGGGUGAUGGAUGGAUCCCAAUGAGAAUUUCAAACAUGUCAGAUCGCCGCGGUUCAUUGAGGAACUGUAAGCUGGCUGAUGUGUCUCCUUGUUUGGCAGUGGAAGAUUUUGAGGUCUCUCAGAAUACCAGUCAACCAGAGAUGGUCAAGCAAGAACUUCCCACUUGUGUCAAAACUGACGAUUUACAGCAGCGACUUCAGCAGCUUGGGCUUGCAGACAUUUACGUUGACAACGGUCAUGUUGGACUCUCAGGGAAGAAGAAAUUAGUCAAUUUGCUCGAUAAGUACAAUGACAUUUUUUCCAAACAUGCACUGGAUUGUGCAGAGGCACUUGGAUUUGUCCACCGCAUCAGACUCACCGACGAAAGACCAUUUCGACAUCCUUACCGGCUAGUUCCACCUGCUCAUUACCAAAAGUUAAGGCAGGUUCUCUCCGAGUUGGAAGAGCAGGAAUUAAUCAAGAAAUCAGUGAGUAUCCCUCACCUCUGGUAUUGGUGUGGAAAAAAGAUGGGAGUUUGAGACUUUGCACAGAUUUCAGAUUGCUAAAUGCACGAACUGUGAAAGACGCCCACCCGUUGCCUCAUCUAUCAGACUGUCUAGCUGCACUUGGAGGAAAUAUGUAUUUCAGCACAAUGGAUUUGACCUCAGGUUUUUACAACAUGCCGAUGGCAGAAGAGGAUAAGAAGUACACUGCAUUCACAAUGCCAAUGGGGCUUUAUGAAUACAACCGAAUGCCGCAGGGGUUGUGCAAUAGUCCCGCCUCAUUCAUCCGAAUGAUGAUGAGUAUUUUUGGUGACCUGAACUUCAGUAGCCUCUUAUGCUAUCUCAAUGACUUGCUUGUGUUUGCUGCGACAGAGGAAGAAGCAUUGGCAAGGUUGGAAACAGUGUUCCAUCGACUCAGACUCAAUAACCUCAAGUCCAAAGAAAUGCCACUUAAUGAGGUCUUCUGUAAAGUUUUUGGGUCACAUAAUUGAUGGCAAUGGAGUUGCAGUGGACCUAGCUAAAGUCGAGGUGAUUUCCAAAAUGUCCAAAGAUCAUCUAAUGGAGGAUGAUGGUUGCACACCCUCAGUGAAAAGAAUAAAGUCAUUCUUGGGGAUGGUAUUUUAGUACCAACCAGAGGUUGCGCUAGACUUUUUCGUUGUCUGUCAUUUUGACUGACAGGGUCAUAAAAAUCUGGUCAUAAUCUAUUUUUACCCGUCACUUAAAAUUUUAAAAUGAUGAUAAUGACAUUGUGGCGACCCUUUGUUUGGCAUAAUUCACCUUCCGUACUUGUGUGUCCAUUUGGCCGAGCGGGUUAGCGGCUACGACACAGUCACGUGACAGAGACACUUAAGAGCCGCGCGCGUCCCGGCUUGAAUAGAGAGUUCACAGAGAGCAGCAGAGCUACAGCAGCUGGACACAGCAAUUCGAGCUAACAAGACUCUUAACAUUGCAUACCGCUUCAACAUAUUCAAUAGUAUUUAGUUUUCAUUCAUUUUAAAUUAAUAUUCUGUCCGAACAAGCUUAACAGAGAAUCCACACCGUGCCAUCACACAUCAAGCAGAUGAAUAUGUAACUUUUUCUCCGCAGUGACAAAAACAGCUGACUGUGGCCCCAGUAGGUAGGCUACAUUAUGGAACAAUUAAAUUAACAGUUCACCUGCUGUGGCCUGAACGGAGUCUUACACCUUCCUCCUGGUGCGCAUGGACUUAAAUUGCGUGCCCGCUUGUGCAGUCCCUGUUUUUUCACCUCUUUUAUCAACACCAUUGUCGUUUUGGGGCUUUUUGAAGAAACUUCGGACACUCAGUUGCCUUGACAUUUUUCAGAGUAAGGCCAACGACUUCAUGCAUCAAGAGAGACAAUAGCUAAUUAAUAUGCUCACUCGCCACCCUGUGGUCUGGGGUGUGAAUUGCAACCUGUCAAAAUGACAGGUGGACUUCAGUUUUUUCCGUCACCGUUUUAAAAAAUCGGUCAACGACGGAAAAUAUUCGGUUAACGUGACCCCUGGUACCAACAUUUCAUCCCAGAUUGCUCCUCUUUGGGCAAGCCCUUAUUUGCCCUCACAGCUGUUCAGAAGAGGCGCGGCAAAGUCAAAAUCAGUUCCAACACUGGCUCGUACAGGAAGCUUAAGCCCUCUGA